GAGGCAAGACAGUCGGCCCGCCUCCUUGCGUGCACCUGUGGGAACAUACGACUGUUUGUUGUCUACACUUCAUUGACACCGCACAUUACCCUCGGACUAAUAACAUGUUUUUCUGGGAGGGAAAAAACUUGUCCUAGUAUGUGGAAAGGUGUUUAUAGCCCACGUAGCGGGAUCUCGGUGGACUUUGGAACAUCAGCGACGCUGUUGUGAAGGGAAAGAAGAAUAGAGGGAAUAUACAAGGUGAUGGGAAAUAUGAUGCCUGUGACGCUGUUGCUGCUGGUGGUUUACCUUCCAACAGAGCUGCUGUGCAUCCAGGUGAUUGUUCCAGAGUCAGAAAGAAGUACCAUGUUGUUUGCAUCUGUGAUCCUUCGCUGCGAUUUCUCCACUUCUGCAAAUCCCCAGGAUGUGCUGGUUACCUGGAGAUUUAAAUCCUUCUGUAAAGAUCCCAUUCUGGAGUACUACUCCACAAGCUACCAGGCCGCCCUCCAGCUGGGUCAGGACCCAGCCAACGACUGCCCGGACCGCCAGCGUACAAUCCGUACUGUGGUCCAAAAGCGAGGCCUCAAUGAGCCUAUUCUGGGCGCUGAAUACCGGAACCGCAAAAUUACCGUUCAAAACAAGGCUGACCUGGUCAUCACGGAGGUGAUGUGGUGGGACAACGGUGUGUACUUCUGCACCAUUGAUGCCGCCGGCGACACAACGGGUGACUCGGAUCGAGAAGUUAAACUCAUCGUGUAUCACUGGUUGACGGUGCUGCUAAUCAUCUUGGGCGCCCUGCUGCUCAUCAUGCUAUUGUGCAUAUGUUGCUGUCAGUGCUGCCCGCAGAAGUGCUGCUGCUACGUGCGCUGCCCUUGCUGUCCCAAGACCUGCUGCUGCCCAGAAAAAGCUGUGAUGCAACACAGGAUGCUGCGUGAGGCCAAGAGAGCCAUGGCGCCCUGGAUGCACGGCCAACCCAUUUACGCUCCCAUCAGCUCCAACAACUCCGUCCAGGGCGUCCCUAUGUUGUAUUCAGGUUCAUUCUCGGAUCCUGGCAAACAGAACUUUGCCAUGGCGCCCAUGCAGCUGUCCCCCGUGAUGCUUCCGCAGCAGGCCGCCCCUCCGCACCACCUGAACGGCAGUGCUACAGGAGGCAGCCUCCAGAGCAACCGACACGUGUUGGAUUACCUGGAGAACCAGGUGAGGGGGCUGGAUGUGCCGAUGCAUCCUGUUCAGAAUGUGCCCCCACGAGUGGUUCAGCCCCAACUACAGCCUUCCAUUGUGCCUUACACACCCGGGCCCCCCAGCAUGCUGUCAGCGCUCGAUGAGAUGGGCGUAAGGGGCACAGAGAGAAGGGUGAUCACGCUACCCCCUAUCAUCCAGCGUGUUCCCAGCUUCUCGUCCCGCAGGGAACCCCGAGGUGGAGGGCCAGACAGUGGGGGGAUACGGUUCUCUAGCCAGUCCAGCGGUAGUACCAACCCCUCUGGAAGGGUCGUACAACAACGCAGAUAUAGAGACCAUUCUCCAAGACGGGGGAUCUUGCGCGAGUACAGCGACGACUCCGACUGGGAGAGGAGGCAAGGAAGAGGGAACCACCUCACCCGGAGGGAGCAGAGCCGUGUCGGGUCCAGGCCUCGGACCCACAGCCGCGAUGAUCUGAUGGAAGAGCUGCGGAGCAGAAACACGCGGAGGGAGAGGAGUUUAUCGCCUCCACGCCGCAAAGGCUCCUGGAGCUCGGACGAAGACGACAGCGGCAGGCGAAGGGCGGCUAGAGGGAGGGAUUGGCUUGAGAAGCCCCCCAGCUACUCCUCGGUGGAGAGCCAAUAUGGGCACGACAACCGCAGGAACCUCAUCCGUCUUUCUGAUCGGAGCUCCCGUAGCAACCCCAGCGUAGUCAUCUGAAGCAUUUCUUUGAUAGCAAAAGUAGGCUGCAUCUUUCUCUGAAGCAUGGACUUUUCAGUUGUGAUGUAUUGUAGUAAACCAAUAUUUUUAUGCCAAAGUUAAUCAUUUAUGUGUUUGUCAGUUUUUUUUUAAUCAUCAAAAUAUUUGCCUUUUUUUCUUAGCAACACAGACUGAAAACCAUGACAACUGUGCUAAGUUAUAUGGGACAGAAAACGAUCUAGCAGAAGGCUUAAUACUUAUUCAUUUUGCUUAAAUGUUUUUACUGUGAGUGUUAUGCUGUGAAAUGUUAUUUUGUAUAAAACAGUUUAGAUACUGCCCUG